AUGGAGCCAAUUAAUAUUGAUUUAUCGCAUUCUACAUGUGGUGUAUGGUUAGUUAAAAUGCCAAAAUAUUUAUCUCAAAUACUGAAUGAUUAUGGUGAAAGUAUGCCUGGCGGUGAAGUUGGUCGACUUGUAAAAAAGAAUUCAACAAAUACGAAUGUUGGUCCAUCGAAAGCACAAGAUGUUGUCUUUCGUCUAAAUGAUCAUAUAUUCGAACGUUUAAAACAACAAAAUCCAACAAUUGAGCAACUACCACCACGUGAACAUCGUUUUAUCCUAAGUAAUAUCUCUGAUGGUGUCAUUCGUAGUGUUUAUACACGUACACCCACACAACAAACUUCACAACCAGAACAGAUAGCGGUUGUUGGUAAAGUGAUACAACGAGCUGAAGUACGACCAGUUGAAGAUGAACAAUAUAUGUCGAUGAAACGUAUACAAAUUGAGCGUUCUCAAGAGCCAGCACGUAAAGUACAAUUAAUUAAACGUUUAGGAAAUGUAUAUAAAGCACGUUCAAACCACGAUGAUAAUAUUGAAAAUGAACGAAUAAAAAAAUUACACGGUAAACGUAUACGGUUGAGUGAAGAACAAGUAGCAGAUAUGUUAUUUAAUGAAUUUCAACAACAUCAGUAUAUAUCAAUGCAAUCGUUAGAACAAAAAACACAACAACCGCGACCAUUUUUAAAAGAAUUAUUAGAAAAAUAUUGUGUCCGUAAUUCCAGAGGACCAAAUGCUCGAACAUAUGAAUUGAAACCAGAAUACAGACAUUAUAAAAAAACGGAUGACACAUCUGCGGGUAGUAGCAGUACAACUAGUGGUGGUGCUAAAAAAACAGUGAAAACAACAACUGUUACAACAAAAACUACUACUACAGCAUCAUCGAAAGGUAGUACAUUGAAAAAAGGUAAAAAGAAAAUAGCAGCAGCACCCCUGAAAGCAAAACUUGAAGCAAAAAGAGUAGUUAAUCCAUUGUUUGAAAAGCGUCCAAAAAAUUUUGGUAUUGGUCAAGAUAUUCAACCAAAAAGAGAUUUAACUCGAUUUGUCAAAUGGCCGUUAUAUAUUCGCGUUCAACGUAAACGCAGUAUAUUAUUAAAACGUUUGAAAGUUCCACCAACAAUCAAUCAAUUUACACAAGCGUUAGAUAAACAAACGGCAACACAAUUAUUUAAAUUAUUAGAUAAAUAUCGUCCCGAAUCACGUAUUGAAAAACGUCGACGUUUAAAACUACGUGCUGAAACACAGGUUAAAAGUGGUAAACCGGAUCGUCCAACAAAACGUCCACCUGUCAUUCGUAGUGGUAUGAAUACUGUAACAACAUUAGUUGAAAAGAAAAGAGCACAAUUAGUUAUAAUUGCGCAUGAUGUUGAACCAAUUGAAUUAGUUUUACAUUUACCAGCUUUAUGUCGUAAAAUGGGUAUACCUUAUUGUAUUGUUAAAGGAAAAGCACGUCUUGGAAAAUUAGUUCAUUUAAAAACAUGUUCAUCACUGGCAUUAACCGAUGUUAACAUAGACGAUAAAAGUGGAUUGAGCAAAAUUGUUGAAGCAAUUAAAACAAAUUUUAAUGAAAGAUACGAUGAAUUAAGACGUCAUUGGGGCGGUGGUAUCUUGGGUACAAAAUCACAAGCAAGAAUCAAUAAACUAGAAAAAAUUAAACAAAAAGAAGCACAUCAACGUAACGCUUAG